CUCGACCAAACUCAAGUCAAGUAUGUCCCAAGCACGGCACCCCAAGCGCCUCCAUGUGUCUGGCCUCUCUGACGAGGUCCGCAUGGACGACAUGCACAACAUCUACGGUCGGUACGGACGGGUGGUGGACGUGUGCCUCAAGCGUGGCUUUGCCUUUGUCGAGUUUGAGACUCGUGGCCAAGCGCUGGACGCUAUCGAGGCUACCGACAACCUCCCUGUCUUUGGUCGGCCCAUUCGUGUUGACUUUGCCAACGACCGGAGGGGCUUUGGUGCUGCUGGUCGCGUCGGCCCGCCCGGUGGUGGUGGACACGGCAUGCCGCCGCCGCGUGAGCGAGGUGGUCGCGCUCCGCAGGGGCCCAAGUUCCCUGUGCUGGUCGAGGGCAUUGCCCCGCGCACCUCGUGGCAGGAUCUGAAGGACUUUGCUCGCUCUAUUGCCGAGCCGGGCUUUGCCAACGUCUUCUCCGACGCACAGGGUCCGUUUGGCAUCAUCGAGUUCCGCUCCAUGGAGGACGCCGCCGACGCCGUCAUGCGGCUCAACGAGACUGAGAUCAACGGCGACCGCGUCACCGUCCGCUUCGAAAAGUCCAUCCGCGAAGAGGGCGAGGCCUUUGUCGACCGCUACAUGGCGAACCCGCCGCCGCCGCCGGUUGACUCUGCCCCGGCCGGCGACGCGUACCGCGAGCGCCGCUCGCCGCCGCGCGCCUCGUACGACGACCGCCGCCACAGCCGCGAGCGCUCCCGCUCUCGCUCGCACGGCCCGGCUCGCUCGCGCUCCCGCGAGCGCGACAACGACUACCAGCCCAUCACCGAUGCCGAACGCGCUACCGCCGCCGAGAAGAUCGCCGCUGACGCCGAGCCCGUGCCGCCGCAGGACCAGGACGUGCCGCCGCAGGACCAGGACGCGCCGCCGCAGGAGUAAGCCGAACUCAAAGCCCAAGACGAGGCCGACGACGACAACAUCCGAAUACAUUUUUACCGAGGAGAGACCUACCGCCUUCGCCGCGCUGCGCGAGGACGCCAGGGACGAAGCUUGCACCGCGCUGUGGUGCUUGAUGGUGCAACCACGACCGGGACUCGAACAAUGCCUGUGGCUGGUGGUGGUGACGCGGUCGAGAGGAGCGUGGGUGGGGUCGAGGUGGAAGUGGGGGGCGCGGGGGCGGUAGGUGGGGGCAGGAGGGGGACCGAGGCGGUGCCAGGUGGCGUGGCGGUGGUGGCUGCCACCGCGGCAAGCGAUGCGAGGCCACCGCUCGUCGGCGGCACUGCCGCAAGAGAC